GUUCCGCUCCUCCCCUACUCUACGUCUUAGAAAUGGUAGUUUCUAUUAGAAGGUCAAAUGACUCUGCAUGCCGGCAACUGUCAGGCUACAACAGUCCAUCCCUGAUAAACACAACACGACAAAACAAGACAAGAGAAGCUGGCUCCUGAAUAUGUUUGCAAACUGAACUUACCCAUCGGCCGUACGACACUACUACGUAAAAAGCCCAUACACAACGCGACGUUGGGGCACACUAAGGGAUAAAAAUAGACGUGCCUGGGAAGGUAGAGAGACAGAGUUAUCUGAGGUUUGAAGGCCUAGCCUGAAGUCUCGGAGAUCCCUCGACCUCUGCUCUGAAGAACAACACUGCCAAGAUGUUCAGCACCAAAAGGCUGAAGCAGAAGUCCCAGUCGGUGGAUAUCGCCGGUCCACGGUUCUCCCCGACUCUGACGCCGGCCUCGCCCCUCAACCGGGCCGCCUCACCCUCACCUGUCGCCAGGACAACCGCAGGACUCGCCGUGAAAGAACACAACGUCGCCAACACGCAGCACCGUAGCCCGCGGUGCAGUGAACUCAAGCGAGGAUACACCAUAGAUACCGGACAGAAGAAGACCCCUGAGAAGAAGGAUGGAAGGCGCAUGUCUUUCCAGAGACCCAAAGGGACCAUCGAAUAUGCUGUGGAAUCCCGGGACACGCUGAACAGCAUAGCGCUCAAGUUCGACAGCACACCCAAUGAGCUGGUGCAGCUCAACAAGCUGUUCUCCAGGGCCGUGGUGCCUGGCCAGGUUCUGUACGUCCCUGAUCCAGAAUACAUCUCCAGUGUGGGAAGUUCCCCCUCCCUCAGUCCCAUCAGCCCCCUGUCUCCCACCUCCUCUGAGGCUGACCUGGAGAAGGUGACGGACUCGGAUGGCCCCCCCAGACCAGAAGGAGUCCACCCCCCAGUGUUCUCGGCCCUGCGCCACGGCCGGGUGGUGUCGUCUACCUCGGAGGAGGAGGAGGCCCUGACAGAGAAGUUCCUGAAGAUCAACUGCAAGUACAUCACAGAUGGCAAGGGCGCGGUGAACGGCGUGCUGCUGGUCACGCCCAACAACAUCAUGUUCGACCCCCAGCGUAUGGACCCCCUGGUGCUGGCCCACGGCUGUGAGGAGUACGGCAUCAUGUGUCCCCUGGAGGAGGUGCAGUCAGCCGCCAUCUUCAAGGAGAUCACCGACGCCAAGAUCAGGGAUGGCGCGGUCGGUGACCUGGAGCCGAUGCCGGCGGAGAGACACCCCUCCCAGCUGACGGACGGCGAGGCGCCCCCCCGGGAGCCCGGGGCCAACGACAGCGGCGGCAGCACGGCGCCGCGCAGCACUGAGGGCUCCGUCUCCGAGGACGUGUUCACCGAGUCGGAGCUGUCGCCCAUCCGCGAGGAGGAGCACCAGGCGUCCAGCGACGACCUCUGCCUGAUGGACAAGUCCUCCGGCGCCUCCACCGAGUCGGUGCAGACCGUCACCCAGCUGGACGUCGGCCCCCCCUCCGCCUCCCGGGGCGGAGACGGGUCGGCCAGCGAGCCGGCAAAGGCUUCGGCCCCCGUGGAGGACGUUCCACCAAACACUGCAGCGGAACCCCGGGCCCGCUCUCCUACGGUGUCCAAGCAGCACAGCCUAGAGGGCACCGCAAGCACACCCGCCGCCUGCGCUGCGAGCGGCCCCACCAGCUCCACCAGCCAGGCACGGGGGAGCGGCGACGGCUCGUCUCGCCCCGGGUCCGAGAGCUCGGCCGAGCCCGGCGCCGGCGAGCCCCCAACCAGCCAAGAGGGAGCCUGCGGCGAGGGCGCCACGGACUCUGUGCAGCGGGCCGGGGAACACAAGGACACAGUGGAGCCCACGGAGAAGGAGGGCCCUCAGAGCGCCGCAGAGGGAUCAGUGGAGAGACGAAAACCUCGCUCUCACAAGUUCCUGUGUCUGCGUGUGGGGAAGCCCAUGAAGAAGACAUUUAUAUCCAACGCCAGCGCCUCCAUGCAGCAGUACGCCCAGCAGGGCAAGAAGCACGAGUACUGGUUCUCAGUGCCACAGGAGAGGUCUGAGCACCUGUACGUCUUCUUCAUCCAGUGGAGCCCGGACAUGUAUGGGGAAGGGGUGAGGGGGGUGGGCCGGGAGCCAGGGUUCAGGGUGGUUAAAAAGAACCAGGAUUCGGAGAAGGCCGCAGAAGAGCCCGUCACUGAUAUCAAUGUGAAAGAGUGGGAGGUAGUGUCUCUGACGGAGUACCACCGUAGGAUCGAUGCGCUAAACAGCGAAGAUCUGCGCUCACUCUGCAAACGACUUCAGAUUACCACCAAGGAGGAGGCCAAAACACACCAUGGCACGUCCAUCAAAACGGAGCUGGAGCCAGAGACCUUCAAGCCCAACCUCAGUGAACCUAGCGACCUGCUGGAGGCCGAGCAGAUAGAAAAGUUGGCCAGGAACCUGCCCCCACGGACCAUCGGCUACCCGUGGACGCUUGCGUUCGGCACGUCCAAGCACGGCAUGAGCAUCAAGUCCCUGUACCGGGCCAUGCAGGGCCAGGACACGCCCGUCCUCAUGGUCAUCAAGGACAGCGAUGGACAGGUGUUUGGCGCGCUGGCCUCCGAGCCGUUCAAGGUGAGCGACGGCUUCUACGGCACCGGGGAGACCUUCCUGUUCUCCUUCAACCCAGAGUUUGAGGUGUUUAAGUGGACAGGUGACAACAUGUUCUUCAUCAAAGGAGACAUGGACUCCUUGGCCUUCGGUGGAGGAAGUGGUGAGUUUGGUCUAUGGCUGGACGGAGACCUCUACCAUGGCAGGAGCCACUCCUGCAAAACCUUCGGGAACCCCAUGCUCUCCAAAAAGGAGGAUUUCUACGUGCAGGAAAUAGAGAUCUGGGCCUUUGAGUAAACCACGCUCCAAGCUAGAGGGAGGAGAGGGAGAGAGAGAGAAAGAGAGAGGGGGAGAAAGAGAGGGAGGGUUCAAAUUCAAGUUUUUGGGGUAUAAAGGAGGACUAAUUCACAGGGAGACUUCCUCCUAAGUACACGGACGAGAUGUGGACUAACUGGACCGCCCCCCCGGCCCCCACCGGGCGGCCGGCCAGCCUAUCGGAGGCGCGUUACUCCUGAAGUUACUUACGGAGCUCGACGUUACCUAUUUGUUUUUCCUCUUUGUGAAAACUUACCUAAUGUGUGUAUCUUGUUACGGCCUUGUGCAGCAUCUAGCGGGGGGGGGGGGGUGUGCGUGCGUGCGUGUGUGUGUGCGUGCGUGCGUGUAAAGCAGGGAAAAUCAGGGUAAAACUAGACGACUAGAUGAAGAGGGGUGGCGUUUGCGGCCGUCUGAGCAGCUCCCCGGUGCGACCGGUGGUGGCCAUGGCUCAGGUCAGGGACAUGCACCCUGCGUCGACCUGGAUUCUGUGGGUGACUACACAGAACCUCAAGGAGCCCCAACUCCUCCCAUCCCCCCUUAACCUCUUUUUAAAAAAAACGACAACCUAUGUCGAGUCAAUAGAAUAUUACUCACUGUGUGUGUCAGCCUUGAUAUAGGGAGAACCCCAUUUACAAAAACAACUAAAAGCAUAUAGGGCAGGGAAGGACGUAUUAAAAAAGCAUAAGCUGGUGAAAUCCAACCCCCUUUGUAACUUCUUGUCUGAGGCGAAAAAAAAAAAAAAAGUCAGUCACGUUUGUGGUCAAACACAAGCAGGAACACUUUCAAAUACAAGGACGCAUCGGACGGGAAGAUGGGGAGGCCGCCGUUCCAUCCAGGGGAGGGCUCAUUCUUCAGAGGCUAGACUAUAGAGUAUUGUGAAUUUGUAGUCCUGUCGUUCACGUCCACACCCCCCCCAACCACCACCACCACCACCACCAUCUCAGAAAGCACACAGCUGUACUCCGAAUGCCCAUCGUCGUAACGUUGUGUCCAGUGGGUGUACGUGUACGAGUCCAGCUUAUUGGGGGGAGCUGCGUGUACUGUUCGUAGACAGUAACGUGUUGCAAUAGAUUUCUUUCUUUCUGUGGAAUAUGCAAAUGACUGUCAUGUGACCUCAAAUAACACGGGUUGUCGGCACUUUGGCCGCCGCCUGCAGCCGCUCUGUCCCGGGAGUGGACCUUGUAUAGCUUCUACGUCUUGAUACACCGUUGCUUUUCUGGUUAUCAUUUGAAAAGCCUGGGGCGUGGUCUAACUGUUUUACAUGCAUAUAUGACAAUUAUAUAUUGGUAUAUAUGAUUAUAUAUGGAUUUAUAUAAUCAUAUAUAUAUAUUGCUGUUAAGUGUGACAGUGAUCUAUUUGUGCUGAUAUUUCAGCUGUUAGAAUAUAAUGUAUAUUACCCUGUAAAUUAAUGUUAAAAUAGUAGAUUUGUUCCUAUAAAUAUAUAUAUAUAAAUACAUAUGCUAUAUAUAUAUAUAAAGUGUGGAUUGGUGGGUUGCUUCUAGCACUUUAAUCUGGUGAAAAGUGUCAUUGCCAGGUUCUUAGAUUCUUAGUAGUAGCUGUACAGUCCCUUUUUUAUUUUGUAUUAUUUGAUUUGAUCACAACGAUGUUACAACUUUAGUAGAAAGCUCGCUGCUCCCAAUAUCAAUAGGGAUGUACUCUAACGCUGUGUGUCUAAACAGAGGGUUGUUCCUGGGCGGGGGGUGGGGAGAGAGAGAGAGAGAGAGUGGGGCCUCCUGGUUCCUCCGGUGGUCUCCGGUAAGUCUAUUAUGCUUCUUUGAAGGGAAGUUUGUACAUAACCAUCGUCCUGAGCAGAUUUCCUCCCCAGACCCUUCCUGGUCUUCCACACCAGUAUGUCCUCGUGGAGAGUCACACAAUACAGAUCUUUUUUUGUUUUUCCAGAUAUUUCACAAGAGUACAAUGUAUCCAGUGAUGUAUAAAUAACAAUAAAGCUGAAAUUGUUGUAACCUGGAA